AUGGAAUCUUUUACUACCAAUACAAUUGCACUUUUUUUCUCCGCUUCACAGAGAGGGAAAGAGAGAGAGAGAGAGGCAGAUAUGGUGUCGGGCUCGGGUAUCUGCGCGAAGCGCGUGGUGGUGGACGCGCGGCAUCACAUGCUUGGUCGUCUGUCUUCGAUCAUAGCGAAGGAGCUGCUGAACGGGCAGAAGGUGGUGGUUGUGCGGUGCGAGGAGAUCGCCAUCUCUGGUGGUUUGGUUCGCCAGAAGAUGAAGUACAUGAGGUUCCUCCGUAAGCGCAUGAACACCAAGCCUUCUCAUGGCCCCAUCCACUUCCGUGCCCCUGCUAAGAUCCUCUGGCGCACCAUUCGUGGGUAUGUUCCUCGAUAUAUUUCUGUCUGUAUAACCCAGGUUGGCUCAAGUGGUAAAGGCCUUGGCCUUGGCCUUGGUGUUUUUGUUGCUGCUUGUAGCAUGAUUCCACACAAGACCAAGCGCGGAGCAGCAGCACUUGCUCGAUUGAAGGCCUAUGAGGGGAUUCCACCUCCGUACGAUAAGAUAAAGCGGAUGGUCAUUCCUGAUGCUCUCAAGGUUUUGAGGCUUCAAGCAGGACACAAGUACUGCUUGUUGGGCAAGCUUUCUUCCGAGGUUGGAUGGAACCACUAUGAAACUAUCAAGGAGCUUGAGAGGAAGAGAAAGGAGAGGUCUCAGGUUGCUUAUGAGAGAAAGAAGCAAUUGACAAAACUGAGGGUCAAAGCUGAGAAGUACUUAUGCUUAGCAGCAUAUGGCCAACGUCAUUACAGACAGGUAGGGAAGAAGAAGCUGCCUUAUCAAACAUUCUUCGUGGAUCAGUCUGGCCAUGGAAACUUCUCCACCAUUCAAUCGGCUAUAGAUGCCGUUCCUUCGAACAACAUGCAUUGGAUUUGCAUUAGGAUCAAAGCUGGCACCUAUAGAGAGAAGAUCAUAAUCCCUCAUGAUAAGCCAUACAUCAUCCUGAAAGGAGGGGGAAAGAGAAACACUUGGGUUGAAUGGGAUGAUCACGACACCGUUUCACGAAGCCCUACUUUCACCUCUGAAGCUGAUAAUAUCGUGGCCAAAAGUUUGAGCUUUAGAAAUACAUACAACAAUCCAAUUAAUAGUAACCCAAGAGCACCGGCGGUGGCAGCCAUGAUUAGCGGUGAUAAAUCUUCGUUCUACCGAUGUGGCUUUUAUGGGUUGCAAGACACUUUAUGGGAUGUUCAAGGACGACAUUACUACCAGAAAUGCACCAUCCAGGGUGCCAUUGAUUUCAUCUUCGGUGCUGGACAGUCUAUUUUUGAGCAAUGUUCCAUAGCGUAUUUUGGAGAAGCUGUAGAGGAAGGUCUGUUGGGUUAUGUGACAGCUCAGGGAAGAGAGGGUCCGUAUGAUUCAAACGGGUUCGUGUUCAAGGAUUGCAGGUUGCAUGGCAGCGGUUCAACCUACUUGGGAAGGCCUUGGAGAGCUUAUUCCAGGGUCAUUUUUUACGCUUCUAAUUUCUCGCACGUCGUAGUUCCCCAGGGAUGGGAUCAAUGGAACUUUGUUGGCUCCGAGCAAAAAUUAACAUAUGAUGAGCACGGCUGCUUUGGACCGGGGGCGGACACAUCCCAGCGGGUGAGUUGGUCAAACAAGCUGAGCCAGACUGAUCUCAAUGAGUUGAUUAACAUUAGUUUCAUCGACAAUGAAGGAUGGCUGAAUGACCGACCUUUCUAAAUUCAUUUUUUGCUAACGUUUCCACCAACAUAUAUACACUUUCAGUGUCAUUCUUAUUGUUUUUAAAAGAUUUUGGGUGUUUGAUUCUUUGUCAAAUGGGUACUGAGAUAUUGUUGGUGCAUAAUUGAUAAUGGAAGUGACUCAAACUCACUCAUUUGUUGC